AUGUUUUUAUGGUCAAUAAGGUUGAUUAUCAUCUCAGUAGUUAUGGGAUGGAGAGAUUAUUAUAAAGAUUAUCUCUCCAUUUUUGGAUCUGGUGAUGAUUAAUGUCCUUUAAAUCAUGUACAUGUACCUGGUUUCCAUCCACAUUAAUGUCUGUGUAAUUAGUAGUAAUAUAUUUUAGCUGUUUCUGAAGUUUGUAUAGGAGUAACAAAAGUAGAAAUUAGAAAUCUUUAUUAAGAUUAACAUUUAUGUCAUCCCAGAUUCAAAACAUUUAAAAUGUAAAUAGAUAAUACAACAGUAAUUUGCAAGAGUGGUUAUAUGUUGUAAAUAGAGUUAACAUUAGACUUGAAUUUUAUCUACUCAUGUGUUUGUAAGAAUAUUUAGUAUAAUAUAUUAUAGCUGCUUUAGAAGAAAAAUGUGAAAUUUAUUACAAAACACCAAGAAAAUAAGGAUGUUAAUUUUGUCGACCUCCUUUCUAUGGAUAAUAUUGUCAUUAAACUCAAGAAUGGUAUGAUUAAAGAUUUCAUACUCCUCCAAGAUGUAAAAAUAUUUUAUAUGUUAGAAUGUGCAGGUUAAUAUUGUUUAGAAUGUUUCGAGAAUUAAUUAUGUUCAAAAUGCCAUCCCACUCAUGCUAAUUCUGAAUAGAUUCAAAGAUGUGAUUUAGGUAAAAGAAUUUAUAGAAAUUUAUAGAUUGCCAGGGAUUUACUACAUGUUACCUAAAAGAUAAUUAGUUAUAAUUAGAUCAAAAUUGUGAAUAAGGAUGGUAUAAAUUCGAGAACAAAUGCUAUAGUAAAUAUAUUUAUCUAAAUGUCCUUUAGAAUGUAGUGAAGGUUGCAGCGUUUGUAGUUAUCGAACAAAUUAAUAUGGUAGAGGAUCUGUAAGAUGUUGGUAAUGUGAUCCUGGUUAUCUCUUGUUACUAUUAAAUGAGAAUGGCUAUUUUGAAACUUUUUGUUACAUAUCUUAUAAUUGCUUAUCUAAUUAUUACGUUUCAUCUUUUUGGAAAUAUUCGAAUGGAGAAUAUGGUUACACUAUAAAAUGUGAAUAAUGCAAUAUUGGAUAUAGUUUAACUAAAAAUGAAGAAUGCGUUUGUAAUAAAAUAAGUUUUUUAAAUAGUAACUCGAACCAUAAAAAACAAUUGUUUCCAUUUAAAUGAAGCUAAUAACAAAUGUUUAGCCUGUAUGCCUUGGUAUGCAUUAUAACCAGAUGGCUCAUGCUCACUUAUAAGCUGCAGUCCAAAUUGUCAAACAUGUUUGGACACUAAUCCACAAUUCUGUACAACUUGUGAUGGAUCUACAGGUAAAGCACUUGAUGAAAUUAAUGGUAUUUGUUUAUGUUUACCACCAACUGGUGUUUAUAAUGAUAUAUGCAAGCCUUGUAAAGAUGGGUAUUGUAAUGAAUGUGAAAUGUUUGAUUUUUUUUUAUGUAUAAAUAAUUUGAUUGUAUUAUAUAUCAUAAUUCAUGUAAAUUAGGAUCAAAUAGAAUUGUUGUUAAUUAAGAAUGCAUUUGUUAACCUGGAACAUAUGAUCCUUAAAAUGAUGAUUAAAUUUGUCUAGGUAUAUUUUAAUUAUUCAUAAUUUAAGCUUGUGAUAAAUCUUGUUUAACUUGUUCUGGUCCGUCUAAGUAUGAAUGUACUUAAUGCUUAGAUGAAAGUAUUUCAAAUAGAAUAUCAAUUGAUAAAUCUUGUCCAUGCAAAAUUGGAUAUGCUGAUUCUGAAAUAAGAGAAUUCAUAUGUGGAAGUAAAAUAAUUUUAAAUUCAGAAUGUCAUCCGAGAUGUCGAACUUGUUUUAAAUCAACUGAUGAGACUAUGAACUAAUAUUGUCUAACUUGUAUUCCAGGAGAAAAUAGAAUUGUUACAGAUAAUUUCACUUGUGAUUGCCAAUUUAAUUAUGGAGAUAACAAUGGUACUUAUGAUAUAUGUUUCAGUAAUUUAAUAUAUUUAAAUUUAGCCUGUCAUUACACUUGUGGAAAUUGUUAAAAUCCUGAACCCACAGGUUGUACUUAUUGUUUAUUAAGCUCAAACAGAGAUUUAACAACUUAUGGAGAAUGUUUAUGCUAAAAAUCAUAUUAUGAUGAUGAAAAUGAUAAUAUUGAAUGCAAAAGUAAUAAUAUUUUUAUUAUGUGAUUUAUAGGAUGUUUUUAUACUUGUUAAGAUUGUACAAAAAGCCCUUUAAAAGAUUCUUGCACAGAAUGUCCUGUAACUAGAAUACCUAAUAACCCAUUAACAACAUCAUUUGAAAGUAUAUGUUCUUCUCCACAAACUUUUGACGAUGGAUUUUCACUUACUUGCUAAGAAUGCCAUCACACUUGUUAAACUUGUAAUGGUCCUCUUCCAUCUAAUUGUUUAUCAUGUAAUACUACUUACAGAGUGAUUGAUUUUUCAUCAUGUGUAUGUCCUUUUGGAUAUUUUGAUAUUGGAGAAUUAGAAUGCCAAAGUAUAUCUAUCAUUUAAUAAUUAUAGAAUGUCAUUAUUCUUGUUAUAAAUGUUUUGAUAAUACAGCAGAAGGUUGUAUAGUUUGCUCAUUAGAAAAUCAUAACCGAUUUUUAAAAGGAAAUAUUUGCAAAUGUGCUGAUGGAUUUUAUGAAGAUCUAGGUAUAGCUUUGUGUAAAAGUAAUUAUUUUAAUCUUAAAUUAAUAGAAUGUUCAUACAAAUGUGAAACAUGUGAAAUCAAAGAAGAUUAAUGUUUAUCUUGCCCUCUUAAUUCUUUUCGUGUCCUUGAUCUUAUUAAAGGUUGUUAAUGUUCGGGGGAAUUUUAUGAAAACGAAAAUGAAGUAAUUUGUUAAAGUAAUUUGAAAUUUAAUUUAAAGAAUGUCAUUUUAAAUGCAAGUCUUGUAUUGCUAAUGGGGAAAACAAUUGUCUAACUUGUGAUGCUAUUGCAUAUAGAGAAUUGAAAGAUAAUUAAUGUAAAUGUAAGCCUCAUUACUUUGAAAUGAACGUCUAGGAAUGCAAUAGUAAUUAUUAGUACUAAGUUUAGUUUGUAGUGCCUUCUGUUACGAAUGUAUUAAUACUUAUAACAAUUGUACUUCAUGCUAUAAUGAUAGAUACAUAGUAGGAAGUACAUGUUAAUGCAUUACUAAAUUUUAAGGAAGUUCAAUUAGUAAAUUCGAAUUUAAUGGAGGGGUUAAAUGUUAAAGUAAGUCAUUAGACUAUUCUAGAUUGUCAUUAUUCUUGUGCCACUUGCAUGGGAAUUACAGAAACAGAUUGCAUAUCUUGUAUAGACGUCGAUCAAAGGUAUUAAGAUGGAAAUACUUGUCUUUGUAAAGAAGGUCAUUAUGAUGCAGGAUUACCUAUUUGUGAAAGUAUUAUUUAAAUUUAAUAAAUAGAAUGUAGUUAUAAAUGUAAAGGAUGCAAAAAAUAAGCUGAAAUGUGCAUCUCUUGUAAAGAUAAUACAUUCAGAUUACAUGUUUCAGGUUUUAAUAAAUGCCAAUGUAUUUAAAGAUAUUAUGAUGAUGGAUAAAACGAUGUCUGUUAAAGUAUUUAGUAUCAAUCGUCAUUUUAGAGUGCCAUUAUUCUUGUCUUAGAUGCAAUGACAUUGAUACUAAAUGUGAAUUAUGCUCAAUUGAAUCUAAUAGAACCUUUAAUGAUCAAUUGUUUACAUGUGAUUGUAAUGUUGGAUAUUUUGAUAAUGGAGAAGAGAUUUGUUAAAAAUGUCAUUAUUCAUGUUUCACUUGUAAUUCUGGAAAUUCUAAUUCAUGUAUGUCAUGUAUUGAUUAAAAUACUUCAAACAGAGUAUUUUAUAAUAAUACAUGUAAAUGUUUAUUUGGUUAUUAUGAUGAUGGUUAAUCAACUUCAUGUUAAAAAUGUGAUAUCCGAUGUCAAAGUUGCAUUAAUUAAUCUUACUCAUGCUUAUCUUGUCCAUAAACUAGAAAAAUAGAAUAAAAUUGUAAAUGUUUAUAAGGAUAUUAUGAAACUGGUUAAUAACUUUGUUAAUAAUGUAAUUAAAAUUGCAUGAGUUGUGAAUUUACACCAAAUAAUUGUACCUCUUGCUCAAGUGAUUAAUUUCGAGUACUAAACUUAAGUUCAAAAACAUGUAAUUGCUAAAGUGGGUAUCUUGAAAUUGAUGGAAUCUGUUAAUAAUGUCAUUAGAGUUGCUCAACAUGUUCAUAAUCUAUAAAUAAUUGUGCUGCUUGUGAUUAAUUUCGAUAUUUGAAAAAUAAUAAAUGUAUAUGUAAUGAAGGAAUGUAUGAAUCAAUUUAGGAUAAAUAAUGUAAAUUAUGUAAUAAAACUUGUUUGACUUGUACUUAUACAAGUGAUUAUUGUUUAACAUGUUCGAUUGAUAAUCAUAGAAUAUUUAAGUCUGGAAAUAUAUGUGAAUGUGAAUAAGGAUAUUUUGAAAAUCCUAUUACCUAGAAUUGUCUAGAAUGUGAUAAAUCUUGUUUAACUUGUUCCUUAUAAUUUGAUAAUUGCUUAAGCUGUGAUUCCAGUUUUAAAUUAUCUUUGGUAAAUAAUAAAUGCUUAUGUUCA